AAAUAAAUAAGAUAAAGACCUGAAGUAAUUUUGCCUAUAUAUAUAACCAUCCAUCUCUAGGGCAUCUCCCAUUCCAUAUGUCAGCCUCUCUUCCAACAAAUCGCUUUUCCAAAAGCAUCCACAAUCAAACAAUGAGUCGGAAAGAAUUGUCAAAGAUUUCACCGUCGCCGGUUUCAUUGGCCACUCUCCUUGACCGUGAGCUUCGAGAAGAGAAAGGUGAAAAAAGGUUUGUUAAGUAUGGAGAAGAAAGCAUGACCAAGAAAGGAGAAGAUUAUGGUCUGAUCAAAACAUGUUGCCACCGGGUUCCCGGGGAUCCAUCAACUGCGUUUUCGGUCUUUGCAAUUUUUGAUGGGCAUAGCGGUAUAUCAGCCGCAGUUUAUGCAAAAGAAAACUUGCUAAAUAAUGUUUUGAAGGAAAUACCGAAAGAUAUUAUCAGCAGCAGCAGGGAUGCUUGGCUACAUGCCCUUCCUCGUGCUCUAGUGGCUGGUUUUGUGAAGACUGACAUGGAUUUUCAGAGUAUCAAAGGAGAAAUGUCUGGAACUACAGCUACGUUUGUUGUUGUUGAUGAGAGUAUUGUCACUGUUGCAUCUGUUGGUGAUUCGCGUUGCAUAUUAGUAGAUAAUAAAGGAGGAGGUGUAGUUUCUAUUCUUACUGUUGAUCACAGGCUGGAAGAUAACGUGGAGGAGAGGGAGCGUGUUAUUGCAAGUGGUGGUGAAGUUAAAAGACAAGAUUAUCGUGGUGGCCCUCUUCGCGUCUGGCCUGGUGGAUUAUGUCUAUCUAGAUCAAUAGGAGACGCAGAUCUAGGGAAAUAUAUUGUUCCAAUACCACAUGUUAAGCAAGUCAAACUACUUUCCAAUGGUGGCAAUGGAAGGCUUAUCAUAGCCUCUGAUGGUGUUUGGGAUGCUUUAUCGAAUGAAAUGGCAGCAGCAGCAUGUCGGGGUGUAGCUGCAGAAUUUGCUGCAAAGCUAGUGGUUGAGGAAGCUAUAAUAUCUAAAGGCUUGAGAGAUGAUACAUCAUGCAUUGUUGUAGAUAUUCCUUCUGAUCACCUCCCUGUAUUACAACGAAAUUCAACUACACAAAAGAAAUUACAUAAUCUUCUAAAACCGCUUCUUUUUCCUUUUCGAAAGAAAUCUAAGAAGAACUCUACAAACAAAGCUACCAGCAAGGUUGGUGUUGUUGUGGAAGAUUUAUUUGAAGAGGGUUCUGUGUUUAUAGAAAGGUUUGGCAAUGAUUUUUCACUUAAUAACAACUCUGAUCAGAUUUUCAGCUGUGCGAUUUGCCAAGUGGAUCAACGCCCUGGAAAUGGUAUAUCAAGACCGUUGAAUUCUCCAUUGGAAGUCCCAUUUUUCUGCACAAACUGUCGGAAGAAAAAAGUUAUAAUGGAAGGAAAGAGGCCAAUGGUCUAUCAGUAGUUAUAUACUAUUAUGAAUUGACUUCAAUUUUGCAUUGUUUAAUUUUUCAUGGAUUUUGAAUCGUAUGUUGGUUGAG